UCACAACUGACGACUCACUGUGGUGUACCGCCGUGAUUGUAAACGCAUCCACUGUGCUUCUCUCUCUUUCUCUCUCUGGUCCAUUGGGGUUCGGUCAGUGUUUUUGCGAAAUAGUGCUCUGCUGUUGAAUGGCGUCUUCAGAACACGCUUGUGCUUUAGGCAUUGCCAACCUGCUUUCCUGCCAAAUACAUGCCCUUGAUGCAGACGCACUCACUGCGCGGUGCCGGAUGCUGUGCCGGUGGGAGCGGACAGCUCUGGCUUGAUAACUGACUUAAAAGAAGGCGAAAUGACAAGGAUGAGUCUUGCAGAUCGUUGAUACAGAAAAGCCUUCAUAAGACUUUGCUAAACCGUAUAGAGCUUUUCACGUGAGAUGCCACAUCCAUCCGCAAUAUCACACCUUUACUCUCUCCGAGUGAUGCUGCUGCUGCUGUCUAUGCAGUGAAAUGUUUGGCUCUGUCUGACUGCACCAACCUGGAGCUGAGCUGCUUUUUCCUUCAUUUCCUGCCUCCAGAUCAUGAACCCUGAUCCUAAUCAUUGCAGAAAAAUUGCAAACCCUUAACUCAUCUACCUUCACAUCCCUCUACCCUGCUACUGGCACUCCUUCAACCACAGAAAAUAGAUGAGCCUGGGAGAACCCAACGUUACAGCUAGGGUGUUGUGACUGGCCCAAGUCUAGAGAGUCUCUGUGAUAUUCUGUUCCCUAGAUAUGGUUCAGGUCCCUUCUUCAUGGUUUUAUUUAAGGUUAAAAAGUGGAGCCCUGCCUGGGAGAAGUAAUGUUCUGUGUGUAGACUCUGUCCUGUUCCAAGCAUGAGCCACCAGGAGGCGCCGCACAGCCAGGAGUUGAGAGAUGUGGCAGAGGCAGACCUGGAGCGCAGGGGCCCUGAGGGCCAGCAGCCCCCUUCAUCCCACCGUAGACGCCAUGAAAAUGGAGAUGGCAGCUCUCGUUCUGGUCGCUCCCGCAACCACCACAGCAGCCAUGGUACAGAGAACAAUCACCACCAGUCCCAACAGCAGGGGGCCCCGCACUACCGCAGGUACGAUGGAUCCAAUGGAGGGACAAACCGCAGAUAUGCUCCAAGGAGGCCAGUUGAAGAGGGUGAAGCAGAGCAGCAGCCUGUUCUGCAGCCCAUACCGCGACCUGCAGUGACACGUUACCGCAGACAGGGGGACAACGAGGCCCGACUGCGGGCGCAGCAGCAGAGACAAAGACAGCGAGAGAGGCAACGGAGAGAAGCAGAGAUAGCUGAACAGCAAAGACUGGAGCAUCAACAACAACAACUUAGUUCCCCAACACAGCCUAUGCCAUCUACCAGAGAGCCAGAGGAAGCCGAAGAGGAUGAGGGAGAAGGAGGCAGCGCUUUGGCCCGAUCUGCCAGCACCGAGAGUGGCUUCCACAACCACACGGACCGGGCAGAAGGGGAUGCGGUCAUGGCUCUGGAAGCUGAACCGGAGGAUGAAACCACAUAUGGCAUCCCUUUGCGUCCCGAAGCUGAAGAGUACACAGAGAGCGCAGAGUCAGAGCAACAGCACGGUGGUCCAGCUUACCCCCAGCCCCAGUAUCCCCCUCAGCCACCACCGCUACCUCGAGAGCCCCUUCCCAAUGCUGAGAGGCCACAGAGCCGUGACGCAGAGAUGCUAAACCCCAACUACUCCAAUUAUGUUUACACUCAGCCCAUGUACCGCAGUCCCACUGGGGCAGGAGAGACCUGUGAGGGUGGACCAGCAGAAGACGAGCCCUACUCUGAGCCUUAUGCUGAAUACACCCUCCAGGACCACGUUUAUGAAGAGAUAUCAGACGCCCCCUUGACCAAAGCUGAGGGACAGACUCCACAGCAGUGUAGGGCGGAAUUCAGACUCUUAGAGAAUGACUUGUACCAGCAGCAGGAGACCGUUGGUUCCAGGCUCCACCACUAUGACGAGCGAUCUGAUGGGGAGUCGGACAGUCCAGAAAAGGAAGCAGAGUUUGCCCCUUACCCCCGCGCUGACAGCUGCGAGCAGGACGAAGACAUUGACCAGAUUGUGGCUGAGGUGAAGGAGAGUCUUAGCUCGCAGAGCCUUGAUCGUGUUGCGAUGGGCCUGGACAAGGAUGGGGAGGUGGAAGAAGAGUGGCCCGAGUCUGAGCACCAGGCCCACGGCCAAACGGAAGAGAUCAAACCCCCAGAGCCAGAGAGUGAAGUAGAGAGUGGAGAGCAGCCCCUCAGAAGCCCCUCAGAAGAGCCAGCUUCAGUGAAAAGCAACCGUGAAAAGAGAGACGCAAUCUCACUGGCUAUUAAGGACAUCAAAGAGGCAAUAGAGGAGGUGAAGACAAGGACAGUUCGCUCACCUUACACACCUGAUGAGCCCAAAGAACCCAUCUGGGUAAUGAGGCAGGACCUGAGCCCUACAGCAGAAUCUGACCUCCAGCCAUCUCUGGGGGGUGAUUCUCCAGGCUCAGGCUCCACCUCCCCACAGGGGGCGGAGUCAUCCACCCGUCACCUGCCAUCACAUGAGGGGAGUGAUAGUUUUGAGUCUCCAUCUCCAGCCAUUAAAGAGUCAAGGAGAAGUCUUGCUUCAUUCCCAACAUAUGUAGAAGUACCAGGUCCAUGUGACCCAGAGGACCUCAUUGAUGGUAUUAUCUUUGCUGCUAACUACCUGGGCUCCACCCAGCUGCUCUCCGACAAGACUCCCUCCAAAAACGUCCGCAUGAUGCAGGCUCAGGAGGCUGUGAAUCGCAUUAAGACGGCCCAGAAAUUAGCCAAAAACAGGAAGAAGGCUCCAGAAGGUGAAGCUCAGCCCAUGACGGAGGUGGACCUCUUCAUCUCAACUCAGAGAAUCAAAGUGCUCAAUGCAGACUCACAGGAGACCAUGAUGGACCAUCCUUUAAGGACCAUCUCCUACAUUGCUGACAUUGGGAACAUUGUGGUGUUAAUGGCCAGAAGGAGAAUGCCUCGCUCUGACUCUCAGGAGAACAUGGAUGCAUCUGACCCUGCCCAGGACGAGAAGCGCCAGUACAAGAUGAUCUGUCACGUAUUUGAGUCAGAAGAUGCUCAGCUCAUAGCACAAUCCAUCGGCCAGGCUUUCAGUGUAGCAUACCAAGAGUUCCUGCGUGCCAAUGGCAUCAACCCAGAGGAUCUGAGCCAGAAAGAGUACAGCGACCUCCUCAACACACAAGACAUGUACAACGAUGACCUCAUUCACUUUUCCAAGUCUGAAAACUGCAAAGAUGUUUACAUAGAGAAGCAGAAGGGAGAGAUUCUUGGGGUGGUGAUUGUGGAAUCAGGCUGGGGCUCCAUCCUGCCCACAGUUAUUAUAGCAAACAUGAUGCAUGGCGGCCCUGCUGAGAAGUCUGGAAGACUGAACAUUGGAGACCAGAUUAUGUCCAUCAAUGGCACCAGCCUGGUUGGAUUACCCCUCUCCACCUGCCAGAGUAUUAUCAAGGCAUUGAAGAACCAAUCCAGAAUAAAUCUAAACAUUGUGAGAUGCCCACCUGUGACCACUGUUCUCAUCAGAAGACCAGACUUGAGAUAUCAGCUUGGCUUUAGUGUGCAAAAUGGCAUUAUCUGUAGUCUUAUGAGAGGAGGGAUAGCAGAGCGCGGCGGGGUCCGUGUCGGCCACCGGAUCAUUGAAAUCAAUAGCCAGAGUGUUGUGGCUACUCCUCAUGAGAAGAUUGUACACAUUCUGUCAAGUGCAGUUGGUGAGAUUCACAUGAAGACUAUGCCGGCUGCCAUGUACCGCUUGUUAACAGCCCAGGAGCAACCUGUUUACAUCUAAAGCUCCAACGCUUUCUCAAGCCUCCUGCCCUGCUGUCACCAGAUAUAACCUUAAUGUUGAUGUGAAACUCUCAGCCCUGUGGACUGCUGUGAUUGAAUCCACUGAAGCUCUGCUAAACACGACUCUCCAUGAGGCUUCAGUUCCUCUUCACUGCCCCCCCACCCCCGAUCACUUCAUCUCUUUUCUGUUACUGUGAGUGAGUAUGCUGUGCUGUGUAAUACCUCUCUCUGUGUGCACUCAGCUUGGUUGGUAAAAGUGAAAGACAGGGUGGAAGGAAACAGAGAGAGGGAGAGCAAGAAAGAUUUAAAAGGCCCUAUCGCUGGAAGUGGUGUCCUUCAAAAUACAUAUUAAAACCAAAUUCCUACUCAUCCUCUAUUCAAAACACAACAGUUUUAUGGGUGACAAAAAGUACAGCUGUGAGAUAGUGAGGUGUGACCAUUAGAUGUGUUUGCCUUACCAUAGUUUUUUGCUGUUAUGUAUUUGAAUACAUCAAGUGUUUUAGAUUCAGCUGCCAUUUUUAAGGGCAGUUGUUGAGAAAUAUGGAGAAUGAAAAUAUGUUUAUGGAGAUUCUCAAUCAUCCAGGGCAUGGCAGAAUGUCUUGUAGAAAUGUACUCGGGAGCAUCUUGACGUGUUUUUCAGUUAUCGAGGACUAUGUGUCAAUCAUACAAGUAUGAUAUCUUCAUUAUUUGAUGGAGGGUGCUGAUUCCCUGGUAUUUAAAUUAAUCAAGUACACUAAAAAUGUGCUUAAUGUAGUAAUAUCUAAAUUAACUGGUCAAAAAUAUUAACAUUUUUGGUUACAAUUGCAGUUUACCACUUUUUACAGUGUACUGCAGUGUCAUUCCCCUGUGGAUCUGAUCAUUUUAAUCAUGAAUUGGGGUGAACAAUUUUGAGGUACAUUUCAAAACCGACAACUUGUUAAAUGCUGGGCAACAGCAACUGGAUGGAUGUCAAAAUAAAAAACAAGUCUGUAUGCAUCUAAAUCAGACAGUAGUAAAGAAAGUGACCAAACAAUUUUUUAUCUUUGUCCUGUUAAAAAGCAUUCUUAAGGACAGUUCUUGUCAAAAUGACAAAAACUUUUCCAUGUAAAUACACAUAAUUACAAUAUUCAUAUAGUUUAUCUGGGAUUAUAUGAAUACUAUAGUACAUAUACAAAGUGGAUGAAAUGCCUCACAGAAUGAUGAUGAUGCCAUAUUUUGAAAGAUUUUGGAUUUUUCAUUCUUUGAAGUGCUGAACUGAAAUAAAAUUUUGGAGUGAGUGAAGAUCUCAGAAUAAUUUACUCUCCUUGCGUGGAACACUGUUAGGGACAUUUUGGGCUUAACAAGUGAACCUCUUAAAUAAAAAAUACAUAAAAAAAAAAAAAACACACUUAUUAGAGUCAGUUAAAGGGAUAGUUCACCCAAUAAAGAUUUUUAGAAGAAUAUUUCAGCUCUGUAGGUCCAUACAAUGCAAGUGAAUGGGUACCAAAAUGUUGAAGCCCCAAAUAUCACAAAAUCAGCUUAAAAAUAAUCCAUAUGACUCCAGUGGUUAAAUCUAUAUAUUUAGAAGCGAUAUGAUCAGUGUGGUUGAGAAACAGAUCAAUAUUUAAGUCCUUUUUUACUAUAAAUGCUCCUCCCUGCCCAUUAGGUGGCAAUAUCUAUGAAUAAUGUGAAUUGCCAAAAACAAAAGAAGAAGAAUGUGAAAGUAAAAGUGGAGAUUGAUAGUAAAAAAAAAAAUAAAAAAAACGGCUUAUAUUGAUCUGUUUCUCACCCACACAUCAUAUCACUUCUAAAGAUAUGGAUUUAACCACUGUAGUCUUAUUGAUUACUUUUAUGAUGCAUUUAUGUGAUUUUGGAGCUUCAAAGUUCUGGUCACCAUUCACUACCAUUGUAUGGACCUACAGAGCUGAGAUAUUCUUCUAAAAAUCUUCAUUUGUGAUCAGAAGAAAAAAAAGUCAUACACAUCUAGGAUGGCAGAAUUUUCAUUUUUGAGUGAACUAUCCCUUUAAUAGGUAGAAAGCAUUCUUAAAUUAAUCAUCAUGUUUGUUGUGUUUACUGCUUUUUUUCAAGUUAUUGUUUGACAUUAACGUGCAAUAUUUUUUGUUGUUUUUGUAAAUUAUUGCAUUCCAUUUUAUAUGCACAGAAAACCUCCCAUUUUUGUCUUGAUCUUCUGUAUAUAAAAUAAUAUUACAGAAAAUUAAAUAUGCUCAUAUUGGCAGAAUUUUAUUUUAAAAAAAUUAUACUUGAAACGCAUCAUGUAAAGAAACACAAGGGGAUAUAUAUCUUUUGUUGACAUUUUCAGGAUGGUCCUUUUUAUCUUUUUUUUUUUUUUUUUUU